UGGGGAGUGAUAUCUUCGGGGAGAGGCCGCUGAAGAAGGAUGCUGUUGUCAAGGACGCGGCGGCGGAAGAGAAGAGCUAAAGUCCCGGCAAGAUCAAAGUUAAUGCAGUGUUCUAUGCAUUGUGUUGUGCUUGAUUGUGUGCGUAUGAAUAUCUCCGCUGUUUGCUAAUCAUCCUGUUUCACCUCAUCACCAAAUCUCGUACACGCGCCUUACUUACGCUUCUGCCAAGGUGGGCGAUCGCUCUUACCAGUUUUGCAAGACCACCUGGCUCUCACGUUACCUGGCUCUUACCUUGCUCUCACCUUACGACACGCAGGUCCACCAUGAGUUCCCCAAACAACCCCGGUAGCAUCGGAAGAUUCUUCAACAGAGGCAACGGAACAGCUCGCGCAAGAGGCGGUAGAGGAGACUCGGGAAGAGGCAGCGAAAGAUUCUGGGGAACAAGACGCAGCUUCGCCAACGAUGCCUUCCAGCCCGCGAACUCAACUCAGCAGGCGAGCGCGUCCUUUACCAGUGGAAUCUCUGGCGGUGCGAUAUCUACUCUUUCUACGACCACUGGUCAGCCUGGCAAUACGGGUCUUCCGCUCCCGAACAGACCUCCGUCCUUUGCCGUUGACUCGACGACAAAUAGUGGCGUCCAAGCCCCAAGCAAUGCACCUCAGCCUCCUGGCGAUGCGGGUGCACUGUCCGGACCCGUUCCUCAGGCUGCCUCCAUACCACCCAACCCGACUGCCACAGAUCAUGGCAGUCGCCAACCCGUAGCUGCGGAUAUCGUUAAUAGGACUGUCGCUACACUGCAGGUCGAUACAAUAGGUAUUCCAAGGUCACCAUACACGGCAAGGAUUAGUUUCGGCACACGAUCCGGACGACUACAGCUUCAAUUGCUCAAAGGCCCCGGCAUCGACGUGGUCAUUGGCCCUAGAGAUGCACUGUCUUUGCCCAAAGAAGGGACAGAGGCAUGGUCGCUUCCCAGGGCUCUAAUAUGUCAUUACUCCCCUUACCUCGAAGCGGCAUGCACUCGCGACUUUCGCGAGUGCCAAGAAAACUAUAUCAAGCUUCCUGAAGAUGACCCCAAAAUAUUCGAUCUAUUCGUUGAGUGGAUGUACUAUAACGAGUACACUCUAACCACGCGCCAUGACGAAGAACUGGGGCGUAUCGCAAACUCAAAUUCGGAAGCUUGGGUGCUUGGAGAUAAGCUCCUUUCAACGGACUUCAAGAAUUACGCAAUGAGCCGCCUCUACGCACAGUAUGCUACAGAUACAAGUCCCAAGCCUAUCAGGACCAUCGAUGUCAAGUAUGCAUACCUACACAGUGCAGCCAACUCUCCGCUGCGUCGAUUUUUCUUCGAUCUUGUUGUAGCACACUUCAAUGAUCGUGCACGUGUCGUGGAUACAACGGAGGAAUGGUGGCAAGUCAUGAAAGAAUAUGUAGACUUUGGGGAAUUGCUUCUAGGUGUGCUAAGAACGGGCACCGAUCGGCGCCACUUGAUCAAGGACAAGGACAUAUAUAUGGAGAAGGUUCACGAGACCAGCGAGAAUAUGAUCACCCCUGCGAAGAGGGAUGCGGACGGACGACGCGUGAAAAGGGAACCCACGAGUGCUUGAAAGCAAGUGCUAACUCACGUGCUCCGAGCCUUUAUGGUAUAUGCACCACAUGAGAGUAUGUUUAUGCAGUGGGUAUGUGGAGUUUUUCGAUUGCCGAACGGAAAGGAUUUCAAGAGUCGUGGAGGAACACACGCGAUGUGC